AUGGGUUCGGUUCGAUGCCCAGCUCCCCUGCCCGUGGAUCUCUGCACCUUAGAGACGAAGGUGAAUGACCUGCACCGUAAACUGGACCUGCUCCUGUCCCAAAACACAGGUGGAUGUCCCAUGUGUCUGACAUGUGCCCAGCACAAACGGCAGCAGGAGGCAACGGCUAGCCAGCUGUCCUCACAGGCCAAGCUCCUGGAAUCCUUAGAGAGGAAAGUUCUGAACAUACAAACAGCUCUGGAGACAGUUCUUCAAGAUUUGGAAGAGAAGCACUCUACUGACAAAGUGUCCAUUCCCUUAACUGUGUUGCAACGGAGAAAAUCGUUGCCUGACGAGGUGUAUGUUCAUUUGGACAAGACCAGAAACCUGAAUGUAACACAGCAUGGUCAUAAUGUGGCCUACAGGAAAGUGAAGAACCAGGCAGAAAGAGCUGGAGCAGUAUCUGCUAACAAGCUGACAGCUGCUGGGAUACAGAUCAAAAUAAGCCCUGUGCCGGACAAAAACACACUGGCAGCCAAGCCUCAGAGCCCUCCCAAAACCUGCAUUAAGGUGAUAGAUGAUGUGCCCCCUCAGCCCGCACCCUUCCCCCAUCGCUUCGUCUCACUCAGACCCAACUCACUGGGUGACACCUACAACAUCCACACCACAGAGGUUCUGGGAGGCGGCCGCUUUGGCAAAGUGCACCGAUGCACAGAGAGUAAAACAGGUCUGAGACUGGCAGCCAAGAUCAUCAGCACGAGAAACGUCAAAGAGAAGGAAAUGGUCCUGAAUGAGAUACAGGUCAUGAACCAGCUGAGUCACAUUAACAUCCUGCAGCUCUACGAUGCUUUUGAGGUCAAAAACCAAGUGGUGCUCAUUCUAGAGUAUGUGGAGGGAGGGGAACUGUUUGAGAGGAUUGUGGAUGAGAGCUGGUCUCUGACUGAAGUGGAUGCCAUGGUUUUCGUAAGACAGAUCUGUGAGGGUAUCCACUACAUGCACCAGAUGUAUGUUCUUCACCUGGAUCUUAAGCCAGAGAACAUCCUGUGUGUCAGUCGCACUGGCCACCAGGUGAAGAUCAUCGACUUUGGGCUUGCAAGGAGGUACAAACCGCGAGAAAAACUUCGUGUUUCAUUCGGAACUCCUGAGUUCCUCGCCCCAGAGGUUGUGAACUUUGACUUUGUGUCCUUCCCUACAGAUAUGUGGACUCUAGGAGUGGUUACGUACAUGCUUGUAAGUGGCCUUUCUCCAUUCUUGGGUGACGAUGACAGCCAGACCCUCAACAAUGUACUCAUGGUGAACUGGUACUUUGAUGAAGAUGCUUUUGAGCAUGUGUCUGCUGAGGCCAAAGACUUUAUCUCCAACCUGCUGAUUCGAGAGCGGAGCGGCCGUCUGAGUGCAGCCCAGUGUCUGAAACACCCAUGGCUCAAUAACAUCUCAGAGAAAGCCAAGAAAAGCAACAUUGUGCUCAAGUCUCAGGUGCUGCUCAAGAAAUACAUGGCCAGAAAGAUGUGGAAGAAAAACUAUAUUGCCAUAGCAGCGGCCAACAGGUUCAAGAGGCUGGGCAGCUCAGGAUCCUUGACCUCUCUGGCAGUCUGA